AUGGGCGCUCAGGGCCCCGGCUGCGCUCCGCCUAUGCCCGAGGGAGGCUCAGAGGACCGAGGGCCGCGGUCCGCGGCGGGCCCGAAUCAGACACCUCUGGGGCCACGUGGCCCUGAGCCACGAACGGGAGUUGGCGGGGGGGGGGGGGGGGCGCCAACAGUGGGCGGGCCUGGAGAGGCCCAGGGCGGGAGGGCGCCGAGACCUCCGCGCCCCUCACCCCAACCCCAAGCCCAGGCAUGCACGCCCGACCGGCCGCUCGGGGUCCCGGAAACACUCCGGGCCCCCGGGCCGGGCCAGGUUUGCUGGCCAGGGUUACUGGUGUGCGGGGACGGGGAGGCUUCGGCCGGGCUGCCGGCCCUGGCCGGCGCGCCCCGUGGAAAGGUGCGGCCGGCUGGCUCGACACGGCACAUCAGAGCGAAAAGGAGCCGCAGCGCAGGGUUUUUAAAGGUGCCUGGCGGCAACCGCCUCCAUCUAAGAUCAUACCACCCUGAACGGGCCAGAUGUCUUCUGAUCGGGGAAACUAAGCAGGGUUAG